GAGGUCUGCGGGCCGGACGGGGCGGGCCAUGGCCGGCGUCCCCGCCUCCCCACCCGGGCCUGCCGCGUCGCGCGUCCUCCGCCCUGGGCUCGGGUCAGCGGGCCACGCGCGAUGGGGUCCCGCGGCCCUGCGGCCGCGUUGCUGGUGCUGCUGUGUGCCGGGUGCGCGCUGCCACCCGGGCGCGCACAGUACGAGCGCUACAGCUUCCGCAGCUUCCCGCGGGACGAGCUGAUGCCGCUCGAGUCGGCCUACCGCCACGCGCUCGACCAGUACGGCGGCGAGCACUGGGCCGAGAGCGUGGGCUACCUGGAGGUGAGCCUGCGGCUGCACCGCCUGCUGCGCGACAGCGAGGCCUUCUGCCACCGCAACUGCAGCACGCCCGCGCCCGCGCCCACGCCCGCCGGCCCCGCUAGCCACGCUGAGCUGCGCCUCUUCGGCGGCGUGUUGCGCCGCGCGCAAUGUCUCAAGCGCUGCAAGCAGGGCCUGCCCGCCUUCCGUCAGUCGCAGCCCAGCCGCGCGGUGCUGGCCGACUUUCAGCAGCGCGAGCCCUACAAGUUUCUGCAGUUCGCGUACUUCAAGGCCAAUGACCUCCCGAAGGCCAUCGCUGCCGCUCACACCUACCUUCUGAAGCACCCUGACGACGAGAUGAUGAAGAGAAACAUGGCAUACUACAAGAGCUUGCCUGGAGCUGAAGACCACAUUAAAGACUUGGAAACCAAGUCAUACGAGAACCUGUUUGUCCGUGCGGUGCGGGCCUAUAAUGGGGAGAACUGGAGGACGUCCAUUACGGACAUGGAGCUGGCACUCCCCGACUUCUUCAAGGCCUUCUAUGAAUGCCUGGCUGCCUGCGAGGGCUCCCGGGAGAUUAAGGACUUCAAGGACUUCUACCUGUCCAUAGCAGAUCACUAUAUAGAAGUACUGGAGUGCAAGAUUCAGUGUGAGGAGACCCUGACCCCAGUCAUAGGAGGCUAUCCCGUGGAGAAAUUCGUGGCCACCAUGUACCACUAUUUGCAGUUUGCUUAUUAUAAGUUGAACGACCUGAAGAACGCAGCCCCCUGCGCCGUCAGCUACCUGCUCUUCGACAAGAACGACAAGGUCAUGCAACAGAAUCUGGUCUACUACCAGUACCACAGGGACAAGUGGGGCCUCUCGGACGAGCAUUUCCAGCCCAGACCUGAAGCAGUUCAGUUCUUUAAUGUGACUACGCUCCAGAAAGAACUGUACAGCUUUGCUCAGGAGCACCUAAUGGAUGACGAUGAGGGAGAGGUUGUGGAAUACCUGGAUGACCUGUUGGAGGCGGAAGAGGCUGGCUAGUCCACAGCAACUAAAGAGACUUCUCUUCUGGGUUGCCUUUUCCUCGAGUGCCUGGGUUGAUGAUACCUCAGAGCCUUCCCUUUUCAAAGGAAAGGGGAGCCACCAUCUCUUACUAUGCGGAACCGGGGUCCAGCCUGCCCUCCCUGUGUUCACACCGGUCUACCCACCUUCCCACCUGUCUUCUCUGUACUCACAUUCGUCUUCAUGGUCACGUGUCUCCCCAGCCAUCUUCCUCAUGUUCACACCCGUCUUUCUUCCCACCCACACCUUCCCAUCAUCCCGUCUGUCCCCCAUGUUCACAUUUGUCUUGUCCUCCCCAGAAAGACAGUCUUCUGUGGUCUGUUUUUUAAUCCCUGAAAAAAAAAAUCAGUAUUAUUUUUUAAGUAAGAAAAACACUAAAAGAUGAUAAAUAUAUUUGAAGAAUUCUUUGGUC